AUGAAUGAGAAUUUUGUAUCAAAUUUAAUUAAAAAAAAUAAAAAUGUAGAUAAUUUAAAUAAGAUAAAUUCAUUAAUAAGUCAAAUGAAAUUGGUUGAUAAUAAUCUUAAAAAUUUAUUUUUAUCUGAAGAAGUUUUAAAUGAUCAUGAUUCUUUUUUGUUAUUUCGUGGAAAAGUAUCAAAAAGAAUUGUUGAUUAUUCAAGUUUAAUAUCACAUUGUAACAAAAUAAUUUUUUCUGAACAUAUUGAAAAUAAUGUUAAAGAAGAAUAUGAAUACCAUUCCAGAAAUGUAGAGAACUAUAAGAGAAAAUUAAGUUUAUGGUGGAAUACUUGGGAGAAAGAUUAUCAUCGUUUGUGUAUGAAACUUUUUUUAGAUAAAAAAAAAAGUGACAAUUAUGUUGAAACUAUUGAAGAAACAAAUAAAAAUAUCAGCCAUAUAAAUUUAAAAGACACUAGAAAAAUGAUGAUGGAUGAAGUAAAUAGAAUGAAAAACGUAAAAUCAGAAUUAUUAGAAUCUUCUCAAAAAUUAAAAAAACAAGAUGAAAUAUUCAAUUCUUUUGAAAUGAAAUUAAGGUCCAGUGCACAACUAAUAUUUUCCUUAAAAAAAAAAGCUGAGAAUGACACAAGAUAUGUAUGGUAUUCCUUUUUUUUCUUUUUAAGUAUUUGUAUUUAUAUUAUCUUAAGAAGAUUGGGUUUUAUAAGAGCUAUAAUAACAAUAAUUAAGUUGGUAUUUUCAGUAUUAUUUCAUAUUGGAAAUAUAUCUCUUAAAGUAUUUACUUUCAUUAAGAAAAUAACUUCAACAAAUGAAAUAGAAAGUGAAGAGAGUUCAGUAAAUUUAGUAAGUGAUUCAAUAACCACUAAUGAACUUUAA